CCGGAGUGGGGGCGAGUCCACCCGGGGGGCGCCGAGCCCAGGGACGCCGGGGGAGGGGCGGAGGCCACAGAACGCCUGACCUGGCUGGCGACCCGCACCCACACAGCGGCUGUGCACCCUCCCGCUCCCGCAGUCGCACACACACACCCACACGAGGGAGGAGGAGGCAGCCUUGGCACGGGAGGAGUUGGCAGUGCACAGCCCCGCGCCGCCGCCGCGGCGGGAGGGGCGCUCCAGCCCCUGGGUCAGCACGCCCCCAGAAGGAGGGGAGAAUGUGCUCUGCGCAACCCCCCGUCCCCCAACCCCCGCCUAGCCCCUUCACAGCAAAUGUGCUUUUUGCCCUGCGGUUGUGUGAGACCGACCUUAAACUUUCUCCGACCCUAUCUCGGGAUGCUAGGGCUCAGGUCGUGGUGGUUUCGGGAACCUCACGACAAAAUUCCCCAGUUGACUUUUGGGAACUUUAACUCGGGUGGUCCUGUACGGAAAGGUAGUCUAUGGGGUGCGCAGAAUGGAAAAGGGCUUCCACAUCAGUGGUGUUCGAGGACGCUCUCCAACUUUUGAUGUCCCGUUUGCACGGAGAUUUCCCUGGAGAGUUUCAGAAAGGAUUUCUUCCGACAGACGUGACCCCAGAAGGCUGCCGAGGGAGAGUUUAGGACAGGAGGAGUUGUUUUUUACAAGGAUGUCUGCGUGGAAAUCCCUGGACACUCGAUACCCCCCGGGGACCUGCUUUUCCCGCAGCUCCGCAGACGCGGCAGAAGGGCGCGCUGGCCCCGGCGCUGCUGGGACAGAGGUGAGCGGCGGGGUGGACAUUGACCGAUUCGACAACCUUCGGGCUCUAAGGGCUCGGGAAGGGACCCGGCAUUUUACCCUCCAGAUUCCCAAUCUAUUUUUUAAAAUAAUGUUCAAAACAAAUGGGAAAAAUAAGUGAUUGCUCCUUUUCAUGGUCACAGAUUGUAUUUAUUUUUUCAUACUGGUUUUCCAACCAAACGAGGGAAUGGGUAGUGAAUGUUGUUGUUGUUUUUGUGUGUGUUGGUUAAUUUCAAAAUAAAACUGUUUAACUCGUACAGUUGA